ACACAAAGUAUUGUGAAAUGGCGCGUCUUCCUCGUAUCUCAAAAAACCCUCACAAGUGCCUGAUGUUUUUCCUUUGCUUAAACCCUAGAGCGUAAAUUGUCACAGAAAAGAACCCUGCAAAAUAUGGGGUUGUUUAAAGCUUCUUCACUUGUAAACUCCCUUCGUCUCAAUAUGUUCGGAAGACCUCGCUUCUCCUCUCUAGUCGACUCUCUCUAUAAGAGUGGAAGAAGAGAUGGGACUAACUCUAUUUGCAUGAAUAUCCGUCGCCUUUCUGCUGUAGCUGAAGUCUCAGAUUUUGAAUGUGACGAACUCUAUGAUGAUGUCAAAGCGAAGGAAAAAGACACGGCAUUGCUCCUGGCUCUCUCACAACUUUCUGGUGAUUUUGGUAGAGAAUCUAUGUUGUCAUUGCAGCGGUUUUUCAGGUCACGACGUGCACCUGUGAUACCUACUGGCUCAUUAAAGCUUGAUAUGGCUCUCGGGAUUGGAGGAUUACCAAAGGGAAGAAUUGUUGAAAUUUAUGGGAAAGAGGCAUCUGGAAAAACUACACUCGCCCUUCACAUCAUCAAGGAAGCUCAAAAGUUUGGAGGAUGCUGUGCAUAUCUUGAUGCUGAGAAUGCAAUGGACCCUUCUCUUGCAGAAGCAAUGGGUGUAAACACAGAGAAUCUUCUUAUUUCAAGUCCUAGUUCUGCUGAAAAUUUGUUAAGUGUAGUCAACACACUGACCAGAAGUGGAGCUGUAGAUGUAAUCGUGGUUGAUAGUGUAGCUGCCCUUAUCCCCCAAUGUGAGCUUGAUCAAAUGAUAGGCGGCACCUCCAAAGAUGAACAAUCGAGAAUAAUGACUCAAGCACUUAGAAAAAUUCAUUACUCAUUAAGCCAAUCUCAAACUCUUAUUGUUUUUCUUAAUCAGAUUCGGUUAAGUCCGAAAUCAGUGCAAGGUUUUGGACGAGUGGAUGAGGUCACAUGUGGUGGAAAUGCAUUGAAAUUCUAUGCAUCUGUACGACUGAAGAUGAUAAGAAAAGCAUUGCUCAAGACGGAGGAUAAGGUAACUGGUCUUGGGGUUUGUGUACAAGUUGUGAAAAAUAACCUGGCACCUACUAUGAAAAUGGCUGAACUGGGAAUACAAUUUGGGAGAGGCUUUUGCUGUGAGUCUGAGGUCUUGGACUUGGCUUGUGAACAUGGACUCAUCAUUAAAGAAGGAAGCAAAUACCUCAUAAAGGGAGAAUUUUUCAGUGAUAAACAUCAAGCUGAACAGUAUUUGGCUGAAAGCAAUGGAAUCCUCGAUAAGAUGGUCAUGAUCUUACGAAGAGAGUUGUUUGAAAGAAAGAGAGAAACAUUUUAGGUCCUUCGUGGAUGAGUAAUAUUCAAGUAUAGUAAGCUUGGACGUCAAAGGAGCCAGCCACCUUCCGAGACACGGAGUGACCCGAAGGGUGUUUGGACUUUGAGAUUACAAGUCUCACUCUUAAGGUAAAAGUGUUGCACUUAAUUUGAAUUCAUGAGCGUACAGGGACACCAACUUCUGAAGUUGACUUAAUCGGCAAACACCUUCUGUUACUUCAGAAGACAGCCGGGGGAGUGGGAUUUCUUUUGCUUGCCUUCUGACUAAACUCUGAUGUGGGUUAAUUCGCGUUUUACUCUUAACUUGUUAAUCUUUUUGUCA